UAGGCGGUGCUGCCGGUGGCUGGGUGCUGUCCAAAAGCGACUGGGCGUCCGUGGGGGAGCGAGCUGUGAUCUGUUGGGCCGCACUUAGCGUGGGACGAAGCUUCGGCUCCUGUUUGACUACCUGCGGCCUCCCCUUCAUGUCGGCCCUCGAGAAGAGCAUGCAACUCGGCCGCCUGCCCUCUCGCCCCCCUCUACCCGGCAGCGGGGGCAGUCAGAGCGGAGCCAAGAUGCGAAUGGGCCCUGGAAGAAAGCGAGACUUUUCCCCUGUUUCUUGGAGUCAAUACUUUGAGUCCAUGGAAGAUGUAGAAGUAGAGAAUGAAACUGGCAAGGAUAUAUCCUUUGCAGCCAUCAUUAGUAGGGUUCAGUGUAGGAUUGUGGCUUUGGAUCUGCGAGGUCAUGGUGAAACAAAAGUCAAGAAUUCUGAAGACCUGUCUGCAGAAACAAUGGCAAAAGAUGUUGGCAAUGUGGUUGAAGCCAUGUAUGGGGACCUCCCUCCUCCAAUUAUGCUGAUUGGACAUAGCAUGGGCGGUGCUAUUGCAGUCCACACAGCAUCAUCCAACCUGGUGCCAAGCCUCUUAGGUCUGUGCAUGAUUGAUGUUGUGGAAGGUACAGCCAUGGAUGCUCUUAAUAGCAUGCAGAAUUUCUUACGUGGUCGUCCUAAAACCUUCAAGUCUCUGGAGAAUGCCAUUGAAUGGAGUGUGAAGAGUGGCCAAAUUCGAAAUUUGGAGUCUGCCCGUGUCUCAAUGGUUGGCCAAGUCAAACAGUGUGAAGGAAUUACAAGUCCAGAAGGCUCAAAAUCUAUAGUGGAAGGAAUCAUAGAGGAAGAAGAAGAAGAUGAAGAAGGAAGUGAGUCAGUAAACAAGAGGAAAAAGGAAGAUGACAUGGAGACCAAGAAAGACCAUCCAUACACUUGGAGAAUUGAACUGGCAAAAACAGAAAAAUACUGGGAUGGAUGGUUCCGAGGCUUAUCCAAUCUCUUUCUUAGUUGUCCUAUUCCUAAGUUGCUGCUCUUGGCUGGUGUCGAUAGAUUGGAUAAAGAUCUGACUAUUGGCCAAAUGCAAGGGAAGUUCCAGAUGCAGGUCCUACCUCAGUGUGGUCACGCAGUCCAUGAGGAUGCCCCAGACAAGGUAGCUGAAGCUGUUGCCACUUUCCUGAUCAGGCACAGGUUUGCAGAGUCCAUCAGUGGAUUCCAGUGUGUGUUUCCUGGCUGUUAGUGACCUGCUGUCCGUCCCUCCCUCAGCAUUGAGCUCUGUUGUAAAUACAUCGCACCAGAGGCCACUGUGAUGCCGCUGUCUCCUCCUCACCAUCCUGCCCGACCAUGUGACACCGGCUCCCUAUAGACGGGCACCCCCAGAUGUAUAAGCCCCUCCAUGUGUUCCUGCCAAAAGCAUUGUUUUCCAGGGCCUGUGACCAUGACAUCGGCCUCCCUAGUCCAAAGCUCCCCGGCUCCUCCCCAUUCCCUGUUCAGGGGGAGCCCCUGCCUGUUCUCCCUGCCUUACCUAGGGUGAAGUCUCCAUCAGAACUUCCACCCUGGGCCCCGAUUCCUGGCAUUAGGCAGUGCACCUGGUCCAAAUGUCCCCCCCCAGGCUCAGGGACCUCCAUUCCUUGAAAUUGUUCUUGCAUGGUCCUCCCUCCCUCAGGGGAGGGACCAUGCACAGGGUAGUCCUUAUUUUUCCCUUUCAAAUAAAACACCAGUCAGGUACCUUUUUAUCCCAGUCUUACUCUUCCAGGCUUGGAAGACUUACAGAGUCCAGGAUCCAAUCCUUAGGUAUAAGGAGGGGUGGUGGAUAGCAUCACAAGAAAUUAGCCUGAAAAUCAGGUCCAGCCAGUCCAAGCACAUGGCCUCCCAUCUGGGGAGAGCCCACUGUCCCGCUCCCACAUGUCUGGGCACCUGCCCUGGGCUGAGGCCAGGCUGCUCCAGGGGCCUCUUGAGCCCUUACCUGCCACAGAGCAACCCAGGUUAAGUACAGCCCAUGCACAAAGCCACAGGUUGAAGCCUGUGGAGUUGUUUUUAAGAAUCAAAUUUAACCAUUUUCAUAACUGGUCCCUGGAGGUGUGCAGAGUGCCCGCUUGCCUCUUCUAGACCCACAGCUUAUCUUUGCCAUUUGUGGUUUCCAUGUCACUCUUCAUAGAAAGCAGUACAGCCCAGCAUCCUCCGUCUUUGCCGUAUUCCGGCUGCCUCAUCACAGCACUGCGGCCUCCCCCUGCUGCCCAGGCACGACAUUUCCAAGGGCAGGGAGGGGCAGUCUCCUGCAGCCCAUCUUUUCUGUGACUGUCUUAGGUGAUGCGUAGCCCCCUCCACCUUUCCACCCGACAACUUCCUAUCCCUGUCCUGCUGCACGGUCCGGAGUCUGGGACCUACUUUGUUUCUUUGUUAUUUAUGACCUUGUGAAAGAAAAUAAAUAUCUCCCAACCUUUAUCAAUCUA